AAAAAAAAAAUCAGUUAAUCUGCGGAUGUUUCCCCUUGACUCCCACAGAGAUGCAGACACUGUCAAUGAUGCAGUUGAAUUUGUACUCCAAAAUUUCACAGAAAUGAACAAACUUUGGGUACGAAUGCAACAUCAGGGACCUGCCCGAGAUAAGGAGAAACGGGAGAAGGAAAGGGGAGAGCUACGUGAUCUUGUUGGAAAGAAUCUGCAUAUUCUCAGUCAGGUGGAGGGUGUUGACCUUGAUAUGUACAAGGAUUUUGUACUUCCCCGAGUCUUGGAGCAGGUUGUUAAUUGUAAGGAUGAAAUUGCUCAAUUUUAUUUGAUGGAGUGCAUUAUUCAAGUAUUUCCUGAUGAGUAUCACUUACAAACCCUGGAUGUUUUGUUGAGCGCCUGCCCCCAGCUUCAGGUGGGAGCCAAUACCAUCACUUGUGUUGCUUGA